AUGUCCAGCAGUCAAUGUCAAUAUGCUGAGAAUGUCUCAUCCCAUUCGAAAGAACAUUGCCAUACAAAGAUAGGAAAACUUUACGACGAUGUUGAGAUUCUGUUAAAGCCAAUGUCCGAAACACACGACACGACGAUGAGAACUGCAAAAGCUUUUACUCAGGUGGAUGCGAUAUCGAAUAAUACAGAGACAUUAUUAAGCAAAAUGAAUAAAGCAAUAAAUCAGUUAUCAGAUGAAAAGUGGAAUAUGACAACUACUUUAGAUACGUUGAAAGACAUUGAAAGAUCCUUAGACAUUGAUACCAUAGCAAAAACCCACUGGACUGCUAUACAGAAGUAG